AUGACUUCAAAAAAAGGACAACCAUCGACUUACACUCAAUUUGCUUGCAUUGGUGCUGGAUUUUCCGGCAUCGCGCUGGGAGCCACGCUUAAAAGGUGGUAUGGAAUCACCGACAUUCGGUUCUUCGAGCGCCACCGUGAACUCGGUGGGACAUGGUUCGCAAACAAAUAUCCAGGCGCUGCUUGUGAUGUUCCGAGUGCCCUCUACAGCUUCUCCUUCGAGCCUAACCCGAAAUGGUCUCGGCUUUUACCCUCACAGCAGGAGCUCUGGGAAUAUCAGAAACACGUUUCGGACAAGUACGGGUUGCCGCAAAAGAUAUCGUUUGGCGUCGAAGUCCAACGUUGCCAAUGGGUCGAAAGGAAGAAGAGAUGGAUGCUUGAGAUUCGUGACCGCGAGACGGGCGAAGUCUUUUACCACGAAUGCAGGUUCCUAUUUGCGGGCUCUGGUAUACUCGUCACGCCUCGAGAGAUUGAUAUUCCUGGUUCAGACAACUUCACAGGUUCUAUCUUUCACUCAUCGCAGUGGAGGGACGACGUUGAUGUCGAAGGGAAGAAUGUCGUUGUAAUCGGGAAUGGGUGUACAGCUGCCCAGAUUGUCCCAUCUAUAGUGGACAAGGUAAAGAGUCUGACCCAAAUAGUCCGUUCCAAGCACUGGAUACUUCCACCUAUUGACAUGGUGUACGCGGAAUCCAUGAAAAAGGUCUUCAGCUAUCUACCAGCCGUCAUGAUGAUACAGCGCCUUCUUAUCUUUUUGAUAGCUGAGGUUGAGUUGAAGGCGGUUCCUAUGACCACAUCUGCUGCCAAGUUUCGUCAGAAACGACGAGCUAAGGCUGAGCAGUACAUGAGAAGCACUGCCCCGGCCAAGUAUCACGACCUUUUGAUUCCGGGUUUCGAGAUUGGUUGCAAGAGACGAAUCUAUGACUCUGGAUACUUGAAAUCUCUUCACUCCGACAAUCUGACCCUAACAAACGAACGAGCAUUGAAGAUCGUUGAGAAUGGAAUAGAGACAGAUCGUGGCUUUAUCAAAGCUGAUGUCAUAGUACUAGCUAAUGGCUUUUCUACAAACACAUUCCUCGAGGGAGUCACAGUCACUGGGCGAGAAGGAACGUUGAAUCAGCACUGGAACUCAUUUGGCGGAGCCGAAGCAUAUAACUGCUCUGCUAUGAGUGGUUUUCCAAACUUCUUUAUGCUACUAGGCCCCAAUGCAACAACAGGUCACACUUCGGCUAUUAUGGCCAUCGAGAACAGUGUCAAUUUUGCAUUGCGUAUCCUCAAACCUGUUCUUGGAAGCCCAGAUGGAGUCGUUGAGCUUAAAAGGGAGGCCGAAAAGCGUUAUGUCGAUUGCAUUCAGGAUGAUCUGUCCAAGACAGUCUGGAGCUCAGGAUGCCAAAGCUGGUAUACUCAAUCUAAUUCGCAAAACAGCGGAGAAUGGAAUGCCAUGGUUUAUCCAUAUUCUCAAGGGUAUCUAUGGUAUAGAAGCUUGUUCCCUAGCUGGGGCGACUGGAAGAUUACAAGUAAGGGCCAUAACUACAACCCUAUAUUCAAGCUCUGGUUCAAGAUUCUACUGGUGUUUGCUGGUGGUUCUGCUGUAUUUACUUGGUUAUAUUGA